CUAUCACGUGGGUGGCGUGUCGAAGGUCACAGCGCGGCUCACAAUGGAGCUGUCGGAGUCUGUGCAGAGUGGCUUGCAGAUCCUGGCUGAUCGUGGCUGCUUCUCCCCCAAAGCCUACGCGGCUCUACUGGAGGCUGCCUUCCAGAGUUUGCUGAGCGGCCAGGCCUCCUUAGAUCACCCAGACUUGAAACAUAUUGAUCCAGCAGUAUUAAAAUAUUGCCAUGCAGCAGCUGCAACUUGUAUAGUGGAAGUUGGAAAGCAAAAAGCUGACAAAUCAGCCAUAAGCACCUUUCUAGAAGAUUGUAAGUUUGACAGAGAAAGAAUUGAACAGUUUUGCACUGAAUACCAGAAAAAUAAAGAUACUUUGGAAAUCCUAUUGGGAAGUAUAGGCAGAUGUCCACCACACAUAACUGAUGUUUGUUGGCGUUUGGAGUAUCAGAUCAAGACCAAUCAACUUCAUAAAAAUUACCACCCUGCCUAUCUGAUGACCUUAAAUGUAGAGAAUAGUGACUCAAGAUCUCACCCAGAUAUUAAUUUCAGUUGUUCUAUGGAGCAGUUACAGGAUUUAGUUGGAAAACUAAAAGAUGCAGCUAAAAGUCUAGAGAGAACAACACAACUUUAAUUGCAAUCUGCUGGAUCCAAGAAGAAGAAAAAUCACUUGUUUCUUCUUUGAAUAAUAAUGAUUUUUCCUUAUUCUAUUUAUUUCCCAGAACUUUGAUAAAUCUUUGGCCAUAUUGAAAUGGAAUGUUCUGCUUUCUGGACAGUAUUACAAGAUUUGUGUGCAGUUCUGACUGUCACAUUUGUUAAUAUCUUGCCUUAUAAAAAUGUUUAUUUCUUAGAUUAUUAGACAACUGUCUCCUUUCUCCUUCCCCCUUUUAAAUAUCUGCCCACUGUUCUGUCUUGCACUCUCUUGAAGAUUUCUUCAUUUCUUCUUUCUCAUUUCACCAUGUCUAAGCUCUAAUAAAUACAAUGAAUUAU